UAGUAUCAAAUCAAAAUUAGAUAAGUUUACACUUUUACCAAAUACGUUUUGGGUUUAGAGAAAAGAGAAAAGAAGAGGAGAAAGGAGAAGAGAAGCAAGAUUCAUCAAGAUCGUUGAGUUAGUUGUGGAUUUCGUCAAAGGGUGAUCUCUACGAGUUAUGUGAGAUCACAUAGCAUUGCUUUAGUUCACCCACGCGUCAAUCAAUAAUUUAUUCAGCGAAUUUAAUUCUUUAAAAGUUUAGAAAUUAAGUUCUUCAUGAACAUUAUAUUGUUGAAGAUUUCGUUUGAAUUCUUCUGGUUGUGUUGUUGAAGCUUUCUUGCGAUUUGAUUCAUACGUACGAGUGUAAUUUCGGUUUUAAUCUAUCAUAUAUUUAUGCUAUAAAUGAUUCUAAGUGUUUGGAGAAAGAACCAUUGAAGUUUAGAGAAUUUAGAGCUGAAAAAUUGGAGAAGAAAAGUUGUCAUGCACUUGGGGAAAGGGGUUGGACGUUGGGCUAGUAGUGCGCCCGAAAAUAGAUUCUUACUUUCACACUUUAAUAGUCUUUUUAUAUUUUUAUUUUUAUUUUUUUAUUUAAUGCACAGACCGCCCUAUUUAUAUUUCUCAAGCUUCAUAAGUCGAUAGACUUAUUUAGGCCGGAUAAAAAAAACCUUUUCCUUAAAUAGAUUCAAAAAAAUUAUAGCUCAAUCCUAUCAAAUUACAAGUUAAAUCAGACAAGCCCCAUUGGUUUAACCUAUAUUAACGCUCUAAUAAAAGGAUGAUUUUGACCAAACACCUAAUAAAAGUAAUAUAAGUAGCAAAUCCUACCUGGUUGUCUCACUAUUGCCUCUUUUUCUUUUCUUUGGUGUACGUUUAGGGUUUGUUGAUCGGUUCACAUUUUUCUUUCAAAGAUGAUCGUUUUGAGAUGCUCCGAUGGAGAGACCUUUGAGGUAGAUAAGGCGGUGGCAUUGGAAUCACAGACCAUUAAGCAUAUGAUAGAGGACGACUGCGCUGACACCAGCAUCCCUCUGCCCAACAUUACUAGCAAGAUCUUAGCCCUGGUCAUUGAAUACUGCAAGCGCCAUUUGGAGGUUGCUAAAGUUGAGGAUCAGACUGCUGAAGAGGAUCUCAAGACUUUUGAUGCUGAAUUCGUUAAAGUUGAUCAGAGCACCCUUUUCAAUCUCAUUCUAGCUGCCAACUAUUUGAACAUCAAGAGCUUGAUGGAUCUGACAUGUCAGACAGUAGCAGAGAUGAUCAAGGGAAAGACGCCUGAAGAGAUACGAAAGACAUUCAACAUCAAGAAUGACUUCACUCCUGAAGAAGAGGAAGAAGUCCGGAGGGAGAAUGCCUGGGCAUUCGAGUGAAUUUGAGUCUGUUAAGCGUCCAUAUCUGAUAAUGGAUCUGCAAUAUACUUUACUAAAUGCUAUAAAUAACUUAUGUUAGUAAGUGUGUCACUGUUGUUUCUUGCACCUUCUGGCUUUGUGAGUUGAACCUCUUUUGCUCCGUUAUGCCAUGGUUUCUUAUGUUCUAUGUAAAAAUUGAAAAUAAAAUCAUGUUGGUAGCUGAUGUCCAUUUUCUUUUAUCCAUUAUAGGAGAUUCAUAUUAUUUCUCGUGUUUAUCAUCAUUGGUGCAUUUAGCUUCUUUACUCUUUACUUAAAUGUAAAGUCAAUUCCUUGGCUUGUGCCUUUUGCAUUAUGUAAUGGUUUGGUCGUGUUGUUUCCUGUCACAAAAGGAUGUUAGACUAGAGAGUGUAUGUUGCCUGUUGUGGCUAGUCUUAUAUGGGCUUGAUAUUUGAAGGCACAUAAUGAAUGGCCUACUGCUUAUAGGUUCUUACCUUGAAGCCCGCUUUAGACAGACUCCAUUGAGAGUUUGAGUGUCACUAAGAGAUGAAGAAGCCCACAUUGGUGGGUGAUACAGUAUGAUGGCCUUGGGCCAAUGAGUUUUGCAUUUUGAGAAGAAUCAAUGUUUAUCAUAUUUAAGAGUUGUAUAUGUCAAGUUUGACCUUCAUAUCUUGUUCGUGGUGAUUUCUUCACUGGUCUUUCUCUUCAUUAAGCGUGGCUGUACAACUACACUUGGUUUUUUUUUUUAAGUUUCCGUGUUCUUACUACGUGAUUAUUUUCAUGACAUGUUUGUUUCAGUCGGAUCUGGUAACUUUACCUGUUGUGGCAGGAUGACUGGCUAGACCUUAUA